GCGCUCGCCGCCCUCUGCCGCCCGGCGCUGCCGGGCUGCCUGCGCCGGCCGCGGCAGUCCAGCUGCCCGCUCGGCGCGCUGCGGCCGGGCAUGGGGGUGCUGCAGCCGCCACCGCGCUCCGGCUCCGGCUCCGGCUCCGGCUCCGGCUCCGGCUCCGCGCCGCUCGCUCGCCGCUCGGCCUGAAGGGCACGCGGAUCCCGGCGGGAGGGGGCCAUGCGGCGCUGCCCCUCGGCGCGGCGGCGUUGAGCUCGCUCGCUGUGCUGUGCUGGGCGCGCUGCGUGCCGCAAGGCGGGGAGCCGGGCGGCUGCCAAGCGGCGCCGGGCGGGGGGAGCUGCGGCCUCUGGGGGAGGGCCGCCUCCCAGCCCCGCGGCCGGCGUGCGGCGCCGGGUUGCCCGCGCCGAGGGGCUGCGCUUCUACCGGCGCUCGCCGCCACUCGGCCGCGCCGUUGCAUGGCCACGCCAUGGCCACCACGCUGGUCUGCCGGGUGCAGUUCCUGGAUGACACCGACCCCUUCAACAGCACCAACUUCCCCGAGCCCACCCGGCCGCCGCUGUACACCUUCCGCGAGGACAUCCCGCUCGCCACCCAGCUGCCCGCCGUGCACCGCCUCCUCCGCGCCCCGCAGAAGCUUGAUGACUGCACGCUGCAGUUGUCUCACAACGGUACCUAUCUGGAUUUAGAAUCCACCUUAGCAGAACAAAGAGAUGAAUUGGAAGGUUUCCAAGAGGAUGCUGGGAGAGGCAAGAAGCACAGCAUAAUUCUGAGGACCCAGCUCUCGGUGAGAGUCCAUGCCUGUAUUGAAAAACUCUACAAUUCCAAUGGACGGGAGCUGAGACGGGCACUUUUCUCCCUGAAACAAAUAUUUCAGGAUGACAAGGACUUGGUUCACGAGUUUGUGGUGGCUGAAGGUCUGACUUGCUUGAUCAAGGUGGGAGCAGAGGCAGACCAGAACUAUCAGAACUACAUCUUGAGAGCUUUGGGCCAAAUCAUGCUGUAUGUUGAUGGUAUGAAUGGAGUAAUAAAUCACAAUGAAACCAUCCAAUGGCUGUACACUCUUAUUGGGUCAAAGUUCCGCCUGGUGGUAAAGACGGCGCUGAAGCUGCUGCUCGUGUUUGUGGAGUACACUGAAUCCAACGCACCCCUUUUAAUCCAGGCAGUGUCUACGGUGGAUGAAAAGAGAGGAGCCAAGCCAUGGUCCAAUAUCAUGGAGAUCCUGGAGGAGAAGGAUGGUGUUGAUACUGAGCUGCUGGCUUAUGCAAUGACCUUGGUUAAUAAGACGCUGUCGGGGUUGCCAGAUCAAGACUCUUUCUACGACGUAGUGGACUGUCUGGAAGAGCUAGGCAUUGAAGCUAUUUCACAAAGACACUUGAACAAGAAAGGAACAGACUUGGACUUAGUUGAGCAAUUUAACAUUUAUGAGAUGACACUGAGACAUGAGGAUGGAGAUGAGACUGCUGACCCUCCUCCCAGUGGGCGCAAGGACAGAAGAAGGGCCAGUCUCGGUGCCAGUGAGCGAAGGGGACUGGAGCGCAGACGGAGCCGGAGACACUCAGUACAGAAUGUCAAAAGCACUUUAUCAGCCCCUGCGAGUCCGUGCAGUCAGUCGAACCCUACCUUCAUGCUAGGCCACAGACAGCGCAUUGAAGACCUCAGUGAGAAAGAGGAGGAAGAGUCUGAAGAAGAGGAAGAAGAACAGCCAGUUACAGAGCCCAAUACUGAGGAUGAGGGGGAGGAAGAGGCCAGUAGGCAGGUCGAAGCCAGUGGGGUCCCAGCUGCCCAUGAGGUUACGAAUGAGAACCUUUCACAGUGCUCUGAUGCUUCAACCGUCUCAAGUGCAAUUUCUCCAGCUGAGAGGCCUCUCUCCUGCUCUAGAGCAAAGAGCUCUUCCAGCAGCUCCUCUUCUGUGCCUGAUUCAUCUGUCUCCCAUCGUAAUUCUGUUCAUUCAUCACCAUCCUCACCUGCGCCAGUUUUGCUGAGCUCUUCCCAAAAUUCAUCGGCAUCCACUACUCCAAAGGCAUCUCCAACGGUAGAGAAAUUACCUUAUGUACCACAUACUCCUUUUCACCUCUUCUCAUAUGACUUUGAAGAGUCUCCAGCAUCUGUGAAGGAAAAGGAAGCAGAGGUGAUGAGGGAAAACAGGUACAAUAGCUAUGGCAGCAACUCUUACUCUUCUCCGCGACCUUACUCUGGACUGAGUGCCCCUACGACACCCACUUCUCGUUAUGGGACAACUCUGUCACCGCCUCAGGAGACCAAAUCGGACAGGCCAGCUUUGGGUGGUCUCCUUACGUCAUCUUUUCGGCAGCACCAAGAGUCCUUGGCAGCAGAAAGAGAAAGACGACGUCAGGAGAGAGAAGAAAGAUUGCAAAGGAUAGAACGUGAAGAAAGAAACAAAUUCAACCGUGAUUAUUUAGACAAAAGAGAAGAACUAAGACAAGCAAGAGAAGAGAGAUACAAAUACUUGGAGAGGUUGGCAGCUGAGGAGUAUGAGAAGGAGCUGAAAAGUCGGAGUGUAAGCCGAGGCAGAAGUGAGCUGUCCUUGAACCUGAGAUCUCCUUCAGCCCCAUCCUCGCCCGUACCCAAGUGCAUCAGCCCAGCAUCUGCUGAGACCCAGGAAGAGCUGAAGACCCCUUCCGCCCCCUGUGGGACUCCUCAGCCCUCAGAAGUGAGUGCCAGUGAACCCGAGACAGAGACAGAACCAGAACAGGAGGCUGAGGCAGAGGCCGAGCAGGGAGCGGAGACACCCAAGCAAGCAGAGGCUACAGAGGUGGGACCAGAGAGUGAGGUGCAGCAAGGACCAGAGAAAGAGCCAGAAGAAAGUGCAAUACUCAGUGAAAAAGAGAGGCAGAAUGAGGAAGUGAAUGAAAAAGACAACUGCUCUGCAUCCAGCAUAUCCUCAGCAAGCAGCACUUUAGAGAGGGAAGAGAGAGAGGACAAGUUAACCAGUGACAAUGAAACUGGUACAUGGUCACAGCCCAUUCAGGAUGCUGGUGUGAAUGAGCGGUGCAGCAACAUUCUCAACAACAAGCGGUUUAUGCUGGACAUGUUGUAUGCGCAUAACAAAAAGCCCAAGGAUGAAGAGGAGAAGGAGCUGGAGGCGAAGGAGGAAAAGAAGGAGACGGAGGAAGGCGAGGAGUCACUCACUAGUCUAGCCAGUAGGAUCUCUAUCCUUCAGGCCACUAAGCAGGCCAAAGAUGAAAGUGUCAAAAAGAUGGAGAUUGGAAACCUGGACAACCAAGGCAGCGUGAAAGCCUUUGCAGAAAAAUUCAACAGUGGUGAGCUGGCCAAGGGGACAGCCUUGUCUGAAGAUGAAAUUGGUGAACAGGUCCCUGAGAAAACACCAGCACAGCCAAAGAAGGAAUCUGACUACAUCUGGGAUCAGCUGAUGGCUAAUCCUAGAGAACUUAAAAUCAAAGACAUGGAUUUUACAGACUUAGGGGAGGAGGAUGAUGUAGAUGUGUUGGACAUGGAUAUGGGUCCUGGGGACUCCCUUGUUCCCCCUCCUCCUCCUCCACCUUCUUUUCUGGGUUUGCCACCUCCACCACCUCCCCCACUGUUUGGAUGUCCGCCUCCACCUCCACCCUCUGCUAAUUUAUUGGCUCCUCCUCCACUGUUCAGCACUCCUCAGGGUUUAGGGUCACCCCAAGUUUCUAGGGGUCAGCCAGCAUUCAUAAAGAAGAAGAAAACCAUCCGUCUGUUUUGGAAUGAGGUACGGCCAUUUGAGUGGCAGUGUAAAAACAACAAACGCUGCAGAGAAUUCCUGUGGUCGAAACUGGAACCCAUUAAGGUGGACACUUCCAAACUGGAGCAUCUCUUUGAGUCUAAAUCCAAGGAACUGCCUGUCACAAAGAAAACUGCUGCAGAUGGGAAACGGCAGGAGAUCAUUGUAUUGGACUCAAAACGAAGCAAUGCUAUUAAUAUUGGCUUGACGGUGUUGCCCCCUCCACGGACUAUCAAGACUGCUAUUUUGAAUUUUGAUGAAUAUGCCUUAAACAAGGAAGGAAUUGAGAAAAUUCUGACCAUGAUCCCAACCGAGGAGGAGAAACAGAAGAUCCAGGAGGCCCAGACGGCCAACCCGGAUGUCCCUCUGGGCAGUGCGGAGCAGUUCCUCCUUACCCUCUCCUCUAUCAGUGAACUGUCAGCCAGGCUGCAGCUCUGGGCUUUCAAAAUGGACUACGAGAUAGUGGAAAAGGAAGUUGCAGAGCCACUUUUAGAUCUGAAGGAAGGAAUGGACCAGCUGGAGCAUAACAAAACGUUGGGAUUUAUCCUUUCUACUCUCCUAGCCGUUGGGAACUUUCUGAAUGGAACCAAUGCCAAAGCUUUUGAGUUGAGCUACCUCGAGAAGGUUCCAGAAGUCAAGGACACGGUGCACAAGCAGUCCCUUCUGCACCACGUCUGCACUAUGGUGGUGGAGAAGUUCCCGGACAGCACUGAUCUUUAUUCUGAGAUUGGGGCCAUCACUAGGUCAGCCAAGGUUGACUUUGAACAACUCCAGGAAAACUUGUGUCAGAUGGAAAGACGGUGCAAAGCAUCAUGGGAUCACCUUAAGGCUAUAGCGAAGCAUGAAAUGAGGCCAACUCUAAAGCAAAAGAUGUCCGAGUUCCUUAAGGACUGUGCAGAAAGAAUUAUAAUCCUGAAGAUUGUUCAUAGAAGAAUAAUUAACAGGUUUCACUCAUUUUUGUUAUUUAUGGGCCAUCCUCCUUAUGCAAUACGUGAAGUCAACAUCAAUAAGUUCUGCAAAAUUAUUAGUGAAUUUGCUCUGGAAUACCGCACCACCAGGGAACGAGUUUUGCAGCAAAAACAGAAACGAGCUAACCACAGAGAAAGAAACAAGACCAGAGGGAAAAUGAUCACAGAUACUGGCAAGUUCUCCAGCAGCUCACCGCCGUCCCAGAGCCAGCCCCAGGGGCUGCAGUACGCCGAGGACGUGGCCGAGCACGAGCACAUGAAGGCAGUGCUGAAGACCACCUCUGUCAGCGGGGAGAGCACUGCUGCGCUGGGCGUUCGCACGAGGAGCAGAGCCAGCCGAGGCCAUAUUGGUUCAUGGAAUGCUGGCAACGAUGAUUCACCUAAUGCAACGGAUGACGCCGCGGACGAGAUCAUGGAUCGCAUUGUAAAGUCCGCCACCCAAGUGCCAAGCCAGCGAGCAGUGCCUAGAGAGAGGAAGCGGUCACGAGCAAACAGGAAGUCAUCAUUUCUGGGAAGUUAGGACAAAGAGGAGACAACAACAUAAGAAGGACACUAAAGAGCGGACUAACACCAGAAGAAGCCAAAGCACUGGGCCUGAUCAGCACCUCUGAGAUGCAGGUUUGAUGUCCUGGUGGUGGCGACGAGAAGAGCCGUCAUCUGUACCACGCAGGCUGACAACCAUUCAGUGUGGCGUUGUCCUGCCAGCCUCAUCUGCUGCUCCCAACGUCCCGUCCUCUGUUAAUUCAAUUUUAAUAAGAAACAAAAAGAGAAAACCCACAACCAGGGCAGAAGAAGGGUGUGUCACAGCUCAACACUACAUCUGAUGGUAACGAAGGAAGCAUUUGGGUGCUCGUAGGUGAAAGCUUAUGGCCUCUUCUCUUGUGAUGUGUUGACGUGGGUAUAAGGGGGCUCUCUCUGAGUUAUCUUUCAUUGUGUGAGCUGUGUUUAUUAUGCUGGCUUUCCUUGUGCCCUGUUUUAGUCAUUGUAAAAGUAUGGCAUUUUGUCCAUGCAAGGAACAGUCCUUAAAGAGGCAAAAUAACUCCUGUUACAACUGCCCCAAUCUUUGUAAAGCAGAUUCAUUAAGCAAAAGUGCACAGUCUGUGCAACUCUCUCUUUUUUUUUUAUUUUGCCACCAAAGAAUGUAAAAAUGUAUGUGUACCUUUGUAUAUGUACAGAAUGAAUGUGUGGAUAUUUGUGCAUGUAUCUAUACACAUAUGGUCCUGGUGUGAAAUCACACCCCACUGAAGUUAACAGGAUGGUGAUUUUCGCUCGAGGGCCUUACCAUUCCACCUGGACAGGAGGAAAAAGUCUUUUCAUAGGAACUCAGUGUUAGUCAAUGGGGUUCACCCUGUGGGGUAGCGGACAGCCUGCAAUACAAGUGGAAAGUUUAGGAUCCUGAAUUCAUGUGUAUUAAUACACACUCAAGCUGUACAUAGUAUCACAUACACAGAGAGAGGACACAGAAUACCUCCUGCUUGUUGAGCUCUAGGUAUACUGUGCAUUUGUGCAGUUUCAGAGAAAUCUAUGCCAACAAUUUACACACUAGAUAAAUGCAUUCAGAUGCUAAGAUCAAGAAGUUUUGUUCACUUGCCUGUGCCCUUCAUGCUGCUUUUCUCUGCUGCAAGAUAAUGUGGUGGUGAUUUUAUUUCGAUUUUAAUUUUUAAAAUUUGUUUAUUUGAUCUGAAUAUGAAAUGACCCUGCUAAAAGCCUGCUGUGUUUUGCUGUUCUUUACCCUUUUUUGUGAUUAUCCUUGAUGUAAGUGGAGAGGGUACCACGGUGAACACUCCAAAAUGUUUGCCCUUAUCUCACUGUUUUAUAACUAACUUUUAUAACUGUCCUCAGCAUGUGUUUGAAGAACCUUUACUCAAAUCAUUUGCCUUUAAGUGGAGGAUAUUCACAUCCAUGGAGAUGAGUUGAACCCAGUCAUCCUAGCCAACGCUGAAGCAUUUGAAGAGAACUGCAAAUUAACAGUAACAUAAAAGGGAACUUUCUAAACCAAAGCCUGUAGGUGACCAGUUGAUUCUGAAGAAUGCACAAGAAGAACUCUUCCCAUUGCCUUAGCCUCUAGGAUUAAGGGUAUGUCUGCAUAGCAGUCAUAGUUGAGGCUUCCUUCCAACUGGCUAACAGGAGAACUGCAGCAGUUUAGUUGUGGCAACAUAGGGUUCAAUUUUGGCUGCAAAACACACUUGAGAAGUAAGAGUAAUUAGUCUAUACUGGGCUCCUAAUGCUAUAACUAUGUUGCCUCUGGCACCCAAGCUAGGUCAGGUAUGUCCACAAGUUAUCCUACUUCCUCUGCUCCCCUUACAGAUAGGAUAAUCUUUGAAGAUUGUUCAGGAUAGUGGCACCAAACAGAAUAAACCUUUGGAACCUUGGUCAUCCAUCGCAUUGCACUGAACACGGCACCCGAGUGAUUAGAAAACCAGGUAGCUGACAACACUACAGUGAGAUACGUGGUGAAAAAUUUUAUCUAUGCUUGCUCUCCUUUUGAUUGUAACAUUUCGUUCUUUAUAUACCAUUGCCUUGAAUCUUCACAUGUCGAGUCUGUAGGGUAAAAAGUCACUAUAAUGAAUACAGGCUCUGCAAAGAUAGCAUCAAACGGAUGUGUUUUUCACUUCAGUUUGUUAAAAAGUCAAUUUUAUAAGCAGACAGAAGGCAGUAGUUGUGUAAUUAAUGAAAAGUAUUGCGUAUUUGAAAGCUAUGAAGAGAAGGCUGGUCAGGAAACUGAAAGAAGUGGCAUAUAAUUAAUCUUAUUGUAAAAUAAGCAAGACCUACCAGCACCUGAAUUUUAAAGUGAAUCUUUAUGUGCUGCUCACCACUGUGGACUUUUUAAAUCUUUCUUAGGGAUGCUUAGAACAAAGAGAUGAAGGUCAUGGGGGUUUGUGGAGGUCUUUGAGGUCUGAAACAAGAGGAAGACACCCUGAAUGUAAUGGUUAUGUUGAACUGUUAUGCCUGUUAAGUGAUAAAAGAAGCCCAAAUGCAACAAAAUGCAUUUACACUGACAGAGGUCCUAUAUUUGAUUGGAGGCAGAAAUCACAUGUUUUUAAAGUUGUAUAUUUUCAUUUAAACAGGCUGAAUGUGAAAAGUAGUUUGCUCUUGGUGACCACUUGCUAACAGGAAACAAGUGUUUCAUUUAGACAUAAUACAUCCUCUGUAUCUGUGUCUGAAUGUCAGUGCUUACUGUAUGUAAGUAGCAUAUUUGGUAAAUUAUUAAUAGUUGAGCAUAUGUAUUUUCCAGGAAUUGGGCAAAAAUUAUAUAAAACUUCAUAAAACAUGCACCUUAUUUUGUAGAAAAUUAAAUAUGGAGAAGGAAGUUAGAAUAAAUUCAGGGGAAAAAAAGCAGAUUCCAUUCAGAUUCUCUGGAUGCAAGUGUAUUAUGCCUGAAACAUAUUUUUCCUUGUCCAUAAUUCCAUUAUAUUUCUUUUUCUGUACUUUUGCCUAAGCUCCUGCUCUACACCUGUAAAAUUGAUACUAAUUUUCCUUAAGGAUAACUUGGUCUUGUUUAUGCUGUAGUAUACAGUAAGAUUAAUUCCACUGUCCUCAGUGUUUACUGCAGCAAGAUAGUCCAAAACAGUAAGAAUGCAAUAGCUACAGGAAAGAUUUCCAUUUCAAUUUGUAAUAAAAAAGGCCAGUGAUCCAAUAUGCUAAUAUUUAAGGCACAUUAUGUCCUCCUGAGUCUGCCAGAAUGUCCUGACUGUGGAAAUAAUUUUGUUCCCUUUUAUCUAACCAGUAGAUGCCAGGUGAACUGGAGGAGUUGGUUAUAUUUGCAUAUAUUUGUUUGUCUAAUCAUGUCCUAAGCUUCAGGGUCUGAGUUGCUGCCUGCCCCUUCUUCAUCAAAAGCUCUCAUCAUAAGUGUGGGCAGUUGUUCUAAAAUGUGUGUGAUAAAGAUUGUUUUUGUGACAGAGAUAAAGGUUUUGGAAACCCGAUGUAAUAACAUAUGUUCCUAUUUCUCUCUUAGGGUUCUAAGGCUAUUUUUAAACACAUACAGCCAUAAUAACCACCUCUCUUAUCUUUUUCACAGUACCAGUCAGCUGCAAAUUUAGUCCCCAGAGUUUCUCCAGCAAGGUCUCAGAGUCACUGCUGGUGUUUAUUUUGGCACCUAUCUGCUGCCAAUAACUUGCCUGUCUAUCUACCACCAUAAAACCUUCCUGAUUUGGAUACCGAGGUAAACUUGAACAUAUGAAAUGGCCACCAAAGGGAAGCUAUCCUAAUUUCCUUUCCUCUCCCUCUGUCUUUAAAAGGAGACUGCACACAAAUACUUUGUAUUCCCUCAUUCUCAACUGAGGGAUGACUUUCAGUAGCAGUUUUGGGGCUGUGGCAAAGAAAUACCCCCAAGGAACGCUGUGUGCAGCAAUCUAGAAUGAAGGAUCCCCUUACAAAAAUUAAAUUCAUCACUCUUCACCUUUUAGUAAGUCCAGGCACCAGACAUUUAUUCCAGAUGUUUUAUAGCCCACUGGCUGCUGCAUGUGACCAUUCUGUUUGAUAUACCCCUAUCCAUAACCCAAAAUCAACAAAAAAGAUGUUUUAAUGAGGAUCUUUUUUGCUCUGAUAAGUAUUUGAAACAUCAUCAAAAGCAGUUUUCAAAAUACAUGUCUUUUUCUCUUUGACCUUCCUUUAUCUUAAAUCUGUACUAAUUGACUCAGCAAAAAAAGGCAAUCAGGUAUGUAGGUGGACAAGACUUUGGUUUUCCCUUUAUAAAAAGGCACGUGUGAAUACCUGGAUAAGAGCUUAUGCCCCAAUUUAACAGAAAUUCGGAGUCAGCGUCUUGAUCUGGCUGGACAGCUCUCCCUCAAGGUACUUGAUGCAUGGCAGGACAGAGCCUUUAAUUCCCUGGGCACUGUGCUGUGAACAUGCCUGGGAGAAUGCUAAAAGCCACCUACAAAAGUCACAAGUCAGGGAUGCAGCAAAUGCUGCAAAUGGAAAUGGCACGCUGCCAGCGUCGUUCCAGGAAAUGACUCUUCUGUCAGGUGCCCACUUCACACUGGUAUCCUGUCAUGUAACAAAAACAAGUGUCUUUAUCCAAAAUCCUUUAGAACUAGUUUGACUCGUGAUGCUCGUCUGCAUUCAGAUGUGCGUGUGCUUCGUGCUUUAUUGUUUUUACAUUUGCAUUACAUUUUACAAUGCUUUUAUUUUAAUGGAUGACCUGGGGAGAAGAUGGUAGCUUACCAGUUUCGCAUCCCUCAUCCUCCUAUUACAACUUGUAUGCAGAUGUACACUUUGCCUACCUUCAACUAAAAGAUGUGCAAGCUUAGAAAGUCACACAGAGCCACAAGCACCAUUCGUAUCUCUCUUUUUCACUCAUACACAUAUACAGCUUCUCCUGUUAUCUUCAAGGUGAGUUGUGUGUGCAUAUUUAGGCAUAGCACUUGACCCUGUGCAGUGUUCAGAUGGCUCUGGUUUUCCACAUCUGGAUACCAGAAAUGGCAUCUAAGGAGGAUGUCUGCUGAUGGUUCUCUGCAGGAAAAACUGCCAGGUACUUAGAGGCUCUGAAAAAAAAUAAACUGGAGCAUUUUCAUAUGAGAACGUUUGAUUACUGGCCACUAUUGAAAACGAUUUGCAAAUACUUGAACACCAUGUAAGGCCUACCUUUUUUUUUUUUUUUUUUUUUUUUGAUUGGGGCGGCAACUGGCUGAAUUGGCAUUUCACAUGCAAUACCAAGAGGCUUCAGGCAAGCAGUUUAAUAGUUACAUAGCAAGUAAUUCAAGGAGUUUUGGAGAUGUUUUAUAGUUUUAUGUUUACGCAAAAAAAAAUUAUUUCUAAUUAGUCCAUUUCACAUUGAGUGGCAGACAGAGAUGUAUUUUGUUUAAUGACUAUCUAACACAGAGGCUUCUUUGAAAGAAAAAGUUUAUUUGUAGCAUUGGGUGCAUUUCUCCUUUUUAAAGACUGUCUUUGCGCAAAUAGUGUCCUUUUUUUGUGAGCUGGGAAUUGUAAAAAAAAUGUAAAGUAGAAAAGGACAUGUUUCUUAGAUGAAGGAGAAAUACUGUAAAAUUGUGUAAAUGUCACUAAUUUUUUUUGUGUUGUGUGUAGCAUAGUGUAAAAUAGGCUUUCCAGCAGUGUUAUUCUGUGAAUUGUAAUUUAAAAAACAAGCCAUGCAUGGUCAGAGAUAUUACCUACAGGUCCUUUUGUUUGGUUGAGUUUUUGUUUUUGUUGUUUUCUCAUUUUAGGUAAAUUUGUUUUAUGUUAAAUUUAAUUGUCCAUGAAACUGCAUUUUGGUUUCUCAGUUUUAUUUCAUAAAGAACUUGAAUUACUGUUUAAGGUUUUACUACACAGAAAGCUCACCUACAAUUUGUAUCCAUCCUUCAGAAGCUUUGUCACGUUAAGUGUAAGCCAGGGGGAUUUGCUUUUUGACGCACCCCUCCUCUGCCUCUUCUCCCCCCACUCUCCUCACUUCACUGUCUGGAAAGAUGCAAUCACAUUUUUUUGUGUGCCAUGCAGGGUCAACAUAGAAACUGGCCGCAGACCUGUGUCCAAAAUUUCUUGAUAUAAGUAGUUAAAAGCUCACCUCCACAGCAUUAUGUAAACACAUCUUGCAAUAAAGCUUUAUAAAGCGC